GCCACCGUAUGAUGUCGUGGCGUUUGGUGAUGUGCACAAACUUGCCACAGUUACGCGACUACCGUUAGCUGCGAUAUUGACCGUGUUCAGUAGAUUUGUUUACUUUGACGUUACAUUAACCACCGGACAGUGUUACCUCCUGCGAUUCACGAUGAGGCGCACCGCUGUGGGUGAAGGAGGUCCUGGGAGUUAUGUAGCCAGUGGAUACAGUGUGUAUGAAGAGGAGAAUGAACAUCUACAGGAGGGACUGAGAGCUAAAGUCAGCGCUUUGAAAAGUCUGACUAUCGACAUUGGAACAGAAGUGAAAUAUCAGAAUAAAAUGCUGGACGAUAUGGACUCGGACUUCGACUCAACGGGCGGCCUGCUGGGCGCCACCAUCGGCAGAGUCAAGCAGCUGUCCAGAGGCAGUCAGACCAAGCUGCUGUGCUACAUGCUGCUCUUCUGCUUCUUUGUCUUCUUUGUCCUGUACUGGUUCAUCAAGCUGAGGUGAUAGGAGGACUCUGGUGAACUUGGCCGCUUAACUCCACAUCGUCAUCCCCAGUCUGUGCCACGCUGAUGCUUCUCAGAACGAGACCCACAUGAUGUUGAUGAGGAAAGACAGCGAUUUGUUUUAGCCUUUUCACCUUUACAUAUGCCCAUGUCUCUCAGUAUUUCAUAGAAUGACCUCAGAACUGAGUCAGGACAGGACUCCUUAUGAUGCUUUGUGAUGGAAUCCCUAAAAGUAAAACCGGGUCUAAGAUGAUUAUUACCCAUGUGAAGUAGGAAUCACGUAUGUAUAUAUAAGAAAGGCACUGCCACAUUAUGUAUAUGUACUUGAAAUCGACCUAAUUUACUUAAAUGAAGAGAUGAGACGUGACAAACUGAAAAUACUACUGUGUCAGAAACCUUAAUGCAGUCGUGAGCACAUUAUAUGUGGUGUAUAGUGUGAUAAGACUGAUGAAAUGGCAUACUGGUUGAUACAGACAGUUGUGUUAAAAGUGAUUAAGAUAUAGAAUGCUACUUAAAGAAAAUGAUCGAGUGUAUUUGCUUUUAAAUUGAAUGGAUAUAUUACAGCAUUCAGCAUCCAUACAAAACAUUAAUAGCAGUGUCUACAUUGUGUCAUCUUUGUUGUAAAAAAUAUUUUUUAAUGUAAAUAAACAAAUUUUAUGAUCUGAAA